UGCCCGUCCUAUCCUGUGACCUGACCGGUUUGUUUGGUACCAGAACUCAGGAAUGUUGCUCUGAAUACUACAAGGGAUGAGGGUUUGAAGGGCACGUGUUUCUGAGCUAUUUCUGAGCCUUUGAGCGACAAGUCGCGCAGACAAAUCCAACACGGUUUGUCUGUGUCCCAUGAAGUGCUCGUGUGGCUUUUGCGUUGAAAAUCCAAUGUAGCCGCCAGGUGGCGCUGCUACAGGACUACAUGAUAAUCCUGAUCAUCACAUGCCUAACAUAGUUUAGACAUAAGAACUUUAAAGAAGUAGUAUUCCUUUAACUAUCAAGAGAUCCAUCAGAGACGAUGUCUGCAUCUGCUGAGGAGUCAGACCAACUUCUUCUCAGUAACCAUGACAGCAGCGAAGAAAAGGGAAGCAGUAUCCAGACCAGUAUUGGUGGUCUGCGACAGGGCGACAGUCAUGAGGUGCAGGGGAAGGCCUCGUUUGGCAUGUCGGUCUUCAACCUCAUGAACGCCAUCUUAGGCAGUGGGAUUCUGGGACUGGCGUACGCCAUGUCGGAGAGUGGGGUGGUUCUAUUCACAAUCCUGAUGAUGAUGGUUGCUGUAACUGCCAGCUAUUCCAUCCAUCUCCUGCUCAGGAUGUGUGAGAUAUCAGGAGUGAAUUCAUAUGAGGAUGUCGGCUAUGCUGCGUUAAGAAGACCAGGAAAGUUUUUGGCAGCAGGAGCAAUUCUACUUCAAAAUAUAGGAGCCAUGUCCAGUUACUUGUUUAUAGUGAAGACAGAGUUUCCCUCUGUCAUCAGGACCUUCAUGCAGCUCCCACCUGAUGCACAGGCCUGGUACCUGAAUGGAGAUUAUCUACUGUUACUGGUGGCUGGGUUAGUUAUAGCACCACUUGCUGCCCUGAGAAGAAUAGAGUUCCUUGGCUACACCAGUGGGCUGUCUAUAGCCUGUAUGGUGUUCUUCACUUCAGUGGUUGUUGCAAAGAAAUUCAGUUACCCCUGCCCGGUGCCACUACAGGACUGGUCCAAUGUGACACUUCCCAGCAAUCCCUCUUGGUUCCCCCUGAUCAACAGUACCGCUACAGAUCACAUGGUGGCACUGCAGAACAGCUCAACUGUGCAGGACUGCACGGCUAAAAUGGUCAUCCUGACAGAAAGGACAGCCUAUGCCCUCCCCACUAUGGCCUUCUCCUUUGUGUGCCACACAGCAGUCCUUCCUGUGUAUGUGGAACUCAAGAGGGGUACUGUGGGGAGGAUGCAGAACGUGGCCAACACUUCCAUCGGCAUCUCAUUUAUCCUGUACAUGCUGUCUGCACUGUUUGGUUACCUCACAUUCUAUGGUAAUGUACACUCUGAGCUGCUGGAGAGCUAUAACUCAUACAACCCCCAUGAUGUGGUGAUCCUGAUGUGCAGACUGGCUGUGCUGGUGGCUGUCAUCCUCACAGUGCCUGUGGUGCACUUCCCUGCCAGGAAAGCGAUCACCCUGAUGCUGUUCCCUGGCCGUCCCUUCUCCUGGCUGGUCCACCUGUGCAUCACGCUGUGCCUCAUGGUGCUAGUCAACUGUCUGGCCAUCUUUGUACCUGACAUCAAGGAUGUCUUUGGAGUGGCAGGAGCGACCUCCUCCACCUUCCUGGUGUUCAUCCUGCCUGGCCUGUUCUACCUCAAAGUCAGCAGUGAACGAAGAUUUGCUAUGCACAAAAUACUGGCGGCUGUGAUAGCUGGUGGUGGAAUGUGCCUGUGUAUCCUGAGCCUUACUCUCAUCACCUCAGAUAUCGUCCACAGAGCCACAUGACGGCAGAACCAGGAUGUGCAGUUUUUACCUCAAAAACACAUCGAACGGGAUGCUUUCAUUGGGUCAUUUUACUUAAGUGCAUGAAACAUUUUUAACCGCUUACCUCCGUGAUUUUAAAGGCCUAGAUGUGCAUUGCACUUGUGCUUACAAGCAUACAGUGAUAAUAUGGCCAGUAACUGAGUUAGUGAUAUUGUGUAAGAUAUUAGCUGUGAAUGUGUAUGUUGUGAUAGCACCACCCUGUAAUGGGGACAGUGAAUGCUGUGUUUACUGGAGUAUUUGGGGAUACAUAAAGCAGUUUAAAAUUCAACAAGAUGAAGUGUAAGAAAAGUUACUACAAUGUCUUUCAGAGUUCUCAGUAAUAAUCCCUAACUGAAGCAGGGAGUCCAGUCACCGUGUACCUUUUAACUGGAUGUGCUAGAGUUGUUAAGUAUUUACAGUGUCUGUACUAGUAGUAUUAUAGGUACAUUUCUUUUUCUCUCAUAAGAACUAUGCAAACCAUUGGUGGAGAUAGCUUGUAAUGCUGUUUGUCUUUAUUGGGAAUAAUUGUACUUAUAUAGAUUUGUGUAAA